AUGUCCACCUCAGACGCUGCCGAUGAUGCAUCUCCCUCGCCGGAAUACAGCGGCGAUCUUGAGGGAGUCGACAUGGCGGAACAGAAAGAGCCUCGCACGGAGAAUGAUGAAGGCUCGCCUGCUCAAGCGAGCAAUGGAGAGAAACCUAAGUCUUCCAACGCCAAGGACCCUCUGAGGCCGAGGAGGAAGAAGGCCAGAAGAGCAUGCUUCGCUUGCCAGCGCGCUCAUCUUACUUGCGGUGAUGAGCGACCUUGCCAGAGGUGCAUCAAGAGAGGACUUCAAGAUGCAUGCACGGACGGUGUGCGCAAGAAGGCCAAGUACCUCCAUGAUGCUCCUGUCGAGGCACUCAUGCCAGGCAUUGGUGGUCAUUACCACCACCCCAAUGGUACCAAAGCUUCAUCACUCUCCAUUCCGGCGUCCGAUCCUGAUUCCUCAGUGCCUCUUGCACAAGCAGGGGUUUUUUAUCCGCAGGCGCAACCAGCGACAUUCAAUGUCUACCCGCAGACGACCGCUCAGCAGCAGAUGUCCCUUCCUAUUUCGGACGGCUCGAUGAUGAACCCCUUCAACCAUCAACAGACGCCCAUCUCACCCUCUUUCAACCAUCCUCGCGUACAGCAUUCAUCACCGAUUCCGGGCAUACCCAACUCUAUGUCGCAACUAUCGCAGCCGACCGCUGCGCAAUUAUCCAACUAUGGCGCACCACUCUUCGACCCGAGUGAUCCGGCGCUUUUCAACUUCGACAUCUCCGGUCUCAACUUUGGCAACCACUAUGGUGCGCUGGAGUUCGGCAUGCUCGGUCACAUGUCCUCCGGUGCCGCUGAAACUCCAUCGGAGAAGGACCACCUGAUGAAUCCACUCAACCAAGCAGCGGCGUCAUUCAGUGCGCCUGUAACGAGUUCCAGCUUCUCUGGUGAGGGCAUGCCGUCGAACCUCGUGUUCAGCCAGGAUGCGAUGGGCCAGCAUGAUUGGCGAGACUCGCACUCCAGACAAGGCAGCGCGGCACAGAUGCAGACGCCCCAAAACACGCCUGCUAUGAUUAACCUCGAUAGCCAGCAACGAAACGACGGUUUCAAUGGCCUGGCUCAAGCCUAUGCUAUCGGUACUGGCCCAAGUAGCUUAGCUGGCGUGAUGCAGCACCGAGGGUCGCAGCAGCAACAACCCCGCUCAGACUUCCUACAAGGUAGCUUUCAGCCUCAAGGCACACCCCAGCAAACGCGCAAACGCCGCCGUUCUAAUCCAUCAGACAUCUACAACUCGGUCAAAAAUCCGCACUCCUACACGAGCGCCUUCCACGCACUAACCGCAUUCCUGAAAAAGCGGCUUUCGCCCGCGAAAACCGUCCGCGUCGCUAAAGCCAUGGCCUCGAUCCGCCCAUCCUUCAUUGCCUGCACUAAAUCCCUUAACCGCGACGAUCUAGUCUUCAUGGAAAAGUGCUUCCAGCGCACGUUGUACGAGUACCAGGAAUUCAUCAACGCGUACGGCACCCCCACCAUCAUCUGCCGCCGCACGGGCGAAGUAGCCGCCGUCUCAAAGGAGUUCAGCAUCCUAACCGGUUGGCGUCGUGACGUCCUUCUGGGCGCUGAACCCAACCUUAACGUCAACACGGGCACGCCCUCGACCUCAGGCGCGCAUUCAGGCAACAACUCCACGGGCGGCAUCACCACGCCCGCCAUCCCGGCCAACGCAGACGGCGGAGCCAUCGAGCCCGCGAAACCGCAGCCCGUGUUCCUGGCGGAGCUGCUGGACGACGACAGCGUGAUCCAGUUCUACGAGGAGUUCGCGAAGCUUGCGUUUGGUGACUCGAGAGGCUACGUCAUGGCGCCGUGUAAGCUGCUCAAGUACAGGACCAAGGAGGAUAUAGGGUUCGUCGAGGACCAGCUGGAGAGCGGCAACAGUGGCGGCGCGAGGAGAAACACCAACGGUGCUUCUGGCGCCAUCAAGACGGAGCAUGGGUUUAAGGGGGGGAUGGAGAGCGCGAUUGGGGGCGAGGCGGGGAUGAAUCAGUUGGGGGAUAAAGAUGGGAAAGUCGACUGUAUGUACUGCUGGACGGUCAAGAGGGAUGUGUUUGAGGUGCCGAUGUUGAUUGUGAUCAAUUUCUUGCCCUGCAUAUAG